UUGGACGGUUUUAGUAGACCUCAAGUUUCUCAACGUCCAUUGACCGUUCUUUCUUUUGAGUCCAAGUUCCAAACUUUCGAGUUCAUAACACCCAAAUGGAAACCACUUUAACUGUUGUUUCGAGAAAUCAAAGCGACCCACAAACACGUUAAACUCCAGUUCCAUGUAUCCAUUAUUAUUCCAUCGCAAUCUCCUCCAACAAUCUCGCACAUUUUUGUCUCCAGAUUUUUCACCCCCUCAGAUUCCGCUGUCUGCAAGUGGGUUUUGUCGUCCACUUUCCCCCAAUGGAUUCUGACCUAAUAAAAUUUCCAGAUCUUCUCUCCCUGUUAAACUUUGCUUAGGAUUGAGAAAAAACAAAGGGUUGAUUGAAAUGAUGGUCACCAGGAAAUUCCACGUGCUCAAAACCCAAUUUGAAACAUUUGCUAAGGGUUUGCUGAGCAAGUCCCUGUACGGAAACAUGGUUGGAGUCGUUGGUUCUAUGUGGGUUCUGGUUUGCAGCUACUUUUUCGUCGUUUUUGGAUUCGUAAGCAGAUACAUGCUCAGAUUCCAGGCAGAUAAUCCGAGAGAUCAAAGUCAGAGUUCUUGGAUUUCAGACAUUUCUGUGUUCAAAGAAGAAGAAGAAGAAGAAGAAGAAGAAGAAGAUGCAUUCUUUGAUUCGUCUAAUAGCAAAAUUGAUGAGGAACACGGAGAAGAAGAAACAGGGGCUUUGGGUUUUUCGGAGACGGUGUCGGCCGCGAGCACCGAUCCUUACGAGUUCAGGUAUGGGAAAGAUGUUAGUUGCUACAUGGAAGAACCGACAGCUAUGAGCUUUGUUGUCCAAGAAUUGUAUGCAGACUGGAGCAAUUCAAAUAUUAAUGGUAAUCAAGAGAAAACAGCGGCAGAAACAGAGGAUGUCGAUGAUCAAGAAAAAACAGAGGAAAAAACAGAGGAUUUUGAUGAAGAUCGAGAAAAAGCACAGGACUUGGCAGAAAGUGUUUGUACAGAAGAGCACCCUUUUAAGAGUUUUAGUUUUAUGAAGUUUCCGGUUGCUGAAAUUGCGCCUUCGGGGACGGUUAAGCCUCCGGAAACUGCAAGUUUUGGUGAGCAUGAUUCAUCAGAUGAUGUUCAAUCGCUUGUCCAAAAUCGUGCCGCGGUUUCUGAUUCUAAAGAAGAGUCGGCUACAUCAAGAGGAGGAGGAACUGAUGAGGUGGAUUCAAUUACUUACGAGUUUGAUGUGGGAAGAAAUGUGAGCGAGCGAUUGGAACCUCAAAGCCUAGUAAUCAUGAAGGGAGAUGAACAGACGGUUAAGAUGAAUACGGAUGAUUUUCAAUUGCAUGAAUUUAGUAUCCCAAAUAGUAAAGAAGUUCUUUUUUCAGAUUCAGAAAAUGGUUCUGAUGAUGAAUACAUCGAAUUUUCAAAACCCCAAGUUUCUGACUUUAAGGAGGAAGUUGGUCCUCAAAUUGCAGAGCAAUCAGCAGAAGAAAUUGGAUUGCAGGAGGCAAAUUUCGGGUCGGAUCAGGAUGGCGAAGACGAGGAUGAUGAGCCAUGGGAGCAUGAUGAUCUAAUCGAGCAGCUGAAAAAUGAAAUAAGAAAUGGGGGAGGCGGGAGGCUUCCGACAAUUUUAGAAGAAGAAACUGAGUGUACAGAUACGGUGGAUAAUCUGAAGCUGAAGCCGCUGGUUAUCGAGGAAAAGCUCGAAUUCAAAGAUCGAAUGGCUGAGAUUCAGAAGGUGUACAAAAGCUACGCAGAGAAGAUGAAGAAGCUGGAUAUCUUGAACAACCAGACCAUGCAUGCAAUUGGUUUUCUCCAGCUGAAAGAUCAAGUGAGAUCAAUGUCAAUCCAAAAAUCUUCAACGUUUCCACUUGUGAAGUCUCUUAUUUCACAAAACUUAUGGCGAUGCAAAACACAAAGGCACCCCACAGCUCUUGCUCCAAUGCCAAAAGUUGUCGGGGACUUGCACAAAGACUUUGAAUUGGUGUACGUAGGGCAGGUUUGCCUUUCUUGGGAAAUACUUAACUGGCAGCAUGGAAAAGCCCUAGAACUGCAGCAAUAUGACAAUCAAACAUCUCACCAUCGAUAUAACUUAGUAGCCACUGAGUUCCAACUGUUUCAAGUGCUCCUUCAAAGAUUCAUAGAGGACGAUCCUUUUCAAGGCCCCAGGGUCCAGCAUUACGUGAGGAAUCGAUGCGUUCUUUGUAACCUUCUCCAAGUUCCUCCAAUCAAAGAUGAUAAGAAGCAUCUAACAAGAGGGGAGGAGGAAACGAUUAUUUUGAGUGGAAUGCUAGUGAAGAUCAUCGAAGAAUCAAUGCAUAUAUUUUGGAACUUUGUUCGUACGGAUGAGAGGAAUGCCAACCUAAAGGGGCUUCAAGAGACUCAGGUCGACCAUAAGGAUUUAGAGCUUCUCCUGGACAUUCGGAAAGAUCUCCAAAAGAAGGAGAAAAAACUUAAAGAAAUACAUAGAAGUGAAAAUUGUGUAGUGAAGAAGUUCCAAAAGCACCAAGAGAGACGACUUGAGCACAGUCUAUUCAUUGCUCAAGUUGAAUUGAGGUUGAUUUCAAGAGUGCUAAACUUGUCAAAAAUCAAAACGGAGCAGUUGGUUUGGUGCCACGAAAAGCUGGAGAAUAUCAAUUUUGUUCAUAGGAAGGUUCAUGUGGAGCCGUCGUUUUUGCUUUUCCCAUGUUGACACUUUUUGUAUGUUAACAUGGCAGGAUGUGUGCCAUGCCAUUUUCUGCACGUACGGAUGCUGCUUUUUGACAUAUACUUGUAAAAAAUAGGUAGAUAAUAGGUGGAGUAAAUUGUAUUGUUACACACAUGUUGGUGCAAAUAAUUACUAAAUAAAAGUUCAUUACAAAA